AUGUCCGACUCGGAAAGUGAAGAUGAAUUCAGUUGGAUGGACAAGUUGGAACCAACUCAAAAACAAUGGGUAAACGAAAAUCGGCGAUUCGUUCCAACAAAGGCGUCCAAAUUUAUUUCUGAAAAAGUCCGAAUACAUGAUAGAAUAUUGAUAAUUGGAUCUGCUGGAUCAGGGAAAUCUGCCAUUGCAAAGAAUAUCGCCAUCAAGUAUGCCAUGGAAAAGAAAGAAAUCUCAUAUAUCAAUGCCUUGGACGACAUACCUGAAAGAAUUCCAACCAAGAUUGGAACUGAUGUGGAUAUAUUUGUUGUUGACGACCCGGUAGGACAGUCUCAACUUGAUCCAUUGGCUUGUCAGUGGUGGCGAGCGAUGAAAGAGCAACUGGACCAUUUCUUAAGGCUUGGAAAUACUGGAAGAAAGCUUGCACCAAAUAUAAGAAUUCUAGUGACGUGCAGAUCAGAUAUAGUCAGAAACAAUAUGUCACUUUUUAAACAUUACACAGUCAUCGAUAUCAAUGAAGAUUCCCUAGCAUUAACAAAUGACGAAAAAGAGAAAAUUCUGAAAAGUCAUGUAAAUAUUUCCAGCUUAGAUAAAAUUGAUAUUGAGGCAAUUCUGGGAUCAAACGAAGCCUUUCCUAUGCUAUGUCAAACUCUUGCCUGUAAUAAAACUUUUCAAGAAAACAUGAAGACAUUUUUUCAAACUCCUUGCGAUUCAAUCAGCAACGAAAUUCUUCAGCUAAAAGAUGUCGCUAGAGAAAAAUAUCUGGCAUUGUUUCUAGUAACGAUAGGGGAUAACUUGAUAGUGGAGGACGACUUUCUCUCAGAUUGUGCAUUAAAGAAACAGGUGAAUGACAAAAUUGAUGAUGAAAUUGAUGAUAGACGAAUCUACAUCACCAACGAGAGUCUUCUAAAUAUGUUAAAGGUGUUUGGACUUCCAGAAACUACUACUCCACGGUCUAUUAUAGACAGUUUAGAAACCUUAACAGGACCAUAUCUAAAGAAUUUAGAUGGUGCAUUUCAGUUUCAAAACAGCUUGUUAUUUCAAACUUGUAUACAACUAUAUUGCAAGCAGGUACCCGAGAUGUUUGUUAAAUAUUGUGAAUCUGUGAUUUUUCGAAAAUAUUGUUAUGCCGAUUAUCAGCAAAAGGAAACCGAUCAGCAUUUUCCCCCAAGGUUAUACUUUGAAGGCAGUUUUAUCGAGCACUAUGUUAAGAGAGUAGCAAGUGACAUUUUCGAUGGAACGUUUCUUGAUGUGUUCUUGAGCCCUUGGACUAGUGACGAAAGAAUGAUAAAAGUCAUGGAGAAUAUGAUACAAGCCAAAAGAGCAGAGGACAUAAUGGAGCUUGCAUUGAUUCCAGAACUGUCAAAAGAAGAAACUGGAUUAAAAGUGUGGAGGAAGAAGGAACGGAGUAAUAUGAGAGGAUUUUCAAAAUUAGAUCUAAUCAUUUAUGGAAAGAGAAUUUCUCCAAUCAUAUUGUCUUUGCUUUUCAAUCAUCACAGAAUAUUUUCUUCAAUGUUUGAAAAGCUUCGAUUGUUUACACCCAGUAGCAGCAUACUAAAAAAUGAACCGCUGUUGGGUGCCGUUUGUGCAAAUGGAAAAAGAGAACUGGCCGCCAAAAUUUUGGAAUUUUACGGGAAAGACCAGCCAAAUUAUAUGUGGAAUGACGAGGAAAAGAUACAUUCUCUUCACAUUGCUGCAAAUUUCAAUCAUAACGAAGUUUUGCAGCAGAUAUUAAUUGAAAAUCAAAACGUUAAUUUUACCACUGUUUUGAACGAAACACCUCUAUAUGUAGCAAUUUCCAGUGAGAUAAUUGACCUGUUUAGCUCACCUACAAAAUUAAGCACUGAAAUAACAAAUGAAGACGGAUUGUUGAAAACUCUUAAGGAACUCAUUGAGAGAGGAGCAAAUGUUAAUACUCAUCCAACUUUCACUCCAAGUCCUUUAGCUUAUGCUUGUUACAAAACUGAUAUCAAACCCUUUCAACUGCUACUUGAAAAUGGAGCAGAUGUUAAUAAAGACGAUUGCAAUGAUUCUAUAUUCACGGGUUUGCUCCUUGCUUCCAUGCUUGGGCACACUGAAAUAGUUAAUACGUUGUUGGGAAAAGGCGCCGAUAUCAAUUUAUAUACGGUUAGAAAACAGACUGCAUUGUAUUAUGCAGCACGAGAAGGCCAUCGUGACAUUGUGGAGAUUCUCUUAUCCAAGGGAGUGCAUAAGGAGUUGGAGACUCUAUCUUGGAAUUCUCCCUUUUAUAUUGCCUGUAAAAAUGGCCAUGAAAAAGUUGUUAAACUGUUUUUGAAAUAUACAGAGGGAAAGAUGAAGACAUCAAACGGAGAGGAAUCGCUCCCUUCGCUACUUGCUGCAAUCGAAUCUUGCAACAAAGUCAUUGUAAGUUUACUUCUUGAAAAUGGUGCUAACGUGAACACAAAGGACAGGUGGUCUAUGGACAAUCCACUUUAUGUGGCUGCUGGUUUAGGAAAUUUAGAUAUCAUCAAAUUGUUGAUAGAAAGAAAAGCUGAUACAGAAAUGACUGCAAAGAGAGGACGUACACCACUUAUAAACGCAUGUAGAAAUGGCUGCACCCAAGCUGCCCAAUGUUUGCUAGAAAAUGGCGCAAAUGUUAACAAACAUGAUGAUCAAAAUUGUACACCACUGCUACAUGCCUCAAUGAAUGGACAUGUGGACAUUGUUAAGCUUUUACUAGGAAAUAAAGCAGAUAUUACUUUGCAUUCAGUUAGGGGGAACAGUCCAUUAUAUAUUGCGUCCUUCUGGGGACAUGUUGAAGUUGUGGAAGAAUUGACACGUUACGAUGCCGUUGUUGAUAUUCAAAACGAAGACUCAAAAACACCGCUAUCUGCCGCUGUCUGGAAUGGUAAUCUUAAUGUGGUUAAAAUCCUACUUCAAAAUGGUGCUAAAGUGAACCAACACGUGGACGGAGACGAUGCCCCACUUCUCAUUGCUGCAAGACAAGAUUUCAAUGAUAUUAUGGAUAUUCUUUUGAAGAAUGGUGCUGAUCUGAACUAUAAAGAUUGUGAAAUGGAAAAUGCACUCCAUCAUGCGUGCCAUGCCGGUAGUAAUGAUGUUAUCAAAACUCUUCUUGAUUCUGGAAUUGACAUAAACGAGCUCCAAAUUGAAGGAUAUUCUGCACUGCACUUGGCAUUAAUGGCAUACAAUAGAAAGACAUCUCUGAUUUUAUUAGCGCAUAAUCCAGACGUUAGUGUGAUAGCGAAUGGAAAGAGCCUUGUAUCUCUUGCAUGUCAAGCUGGUUUUCUUGAUGUAGUAAAUAUACUUUUAAGUAAGGAUGCUGAGGUAAAUCCAGAAUAUGAUGGUAGACCUUUGUCUUCUGAUCCCUUAAGCAUAACGGCAGAAAUUGGUGAGCUAGAAAUUGCAAAAACCUUGAUCCAACACAACGCCAUAGUAAAUGCUAGAAAUUUUGACGGCGAAACUCCACUAUUUCAUGCAACUAAAGAGGGUCAUUGUGAUAUUAUGAAAUUACUAAUAGAUAAUAAAGCAAAAAUUAAUAUUCAAAACAAAUAUGGAAACACAUGCUUGCAUGUUAGUGUUCACAGUCGAUCUAGCGAUGACCUUAUGUUGCUUUUGCUAGAGAAAGGCGCAGAUGUGAAUGUCUGCAAUAAAGAUGGAAUAACCGUCCUGAUGGUGGCCACUGAGGAAACACAGAAAACCUCUGAUAAACGAAUAAGCGCUCUUAUUGACCACGGCGCAGAUGUCAAUGCACAGGAUAAGUUCGGAAGGACUGCUCUUCAUCGAGCUGCAGAAAAUUCUCAGUUGAAUGUGAUAGAUAUCCUACUUCGUAAUGGUGCUGAUGUGAAUUUAUGCGAUAAAGAAGGGGUUUGCCCGCUAUUAACUUCAAAUAUGGCUGUUCGGGACUUUUCGGAGUUGGAUGUCAACCGAGAACCUCCAGUUUGUCCUGAACGAAAACUUGUGAUGGUCAAGUUUAAUCCUCUAGGUCCAGCGCUACCAAGAAAGCGAAGUCCAUACAAGAUACCUGUUAGGCGAUAAUUGAAAAUUCAAAAAUAGAUCAA